AUACACUUUUGUUCCUAUGUUGGAGGAAAAUACUUGUAUAAGUUUAUUAAACAGUUAAGUACUAGGUAAAACAGGACUUGCUUCUGAUUUCUGAGAGCUCUUUUGUGUUCCUACCGUUAAGCUUAUUCUGGGUUCGAAAUAGGGUUUGCCCGGUAGAUAAUGUUGUGCGUGGUGCUAAUGAGGAAUAAAAGUAAUUCUAGAAAUGCCUAGGGAAAAACUUUUAAUGAUUCUUAUGCAACACUUGUGAGUUUUGUCGUGUUAAAGCUCUGAAAAGUCUUUCACACCAGGUGCUCCUCAUUUCCACUGCCGGCCCACCAUGGGGCCGGCCCACCGAGAUUCCACCUGUCUCCCCUUCCCAAACCUCCAGCUCCCGAAGUUUCCAUUCCCGGAGGCGCAGGCAAGCAUUCCUCAGCUAGGGGAUUCCUCAACUGGCUCUGCCCGGCUCCACGUGACCUCCCCUAACACCUGUAUACUGCCUUCAGCUCACAGCGCCCCCAUCCCCUCCGCCAGGUACCGACCCAGCCCGGCUCCCCCUCCCCCAGGAGGUCACGAUCCCGGUGCGAGCCUCGCUCGGGCCGGCAGGGGAGGGGCGGAGGCCACGGCCACGGCAGUUGCUCGAGCCCUUGCAGCCUGAUUAUCACAUGACUGGACGGCGGCGGUAGCCGUGGCAGCAGCCGCGCCGGCUCUGCCGGCUCGCCGGGUGGGCUCAGUUCCGCUCACGCAGGAGUCGGGCGCAGAGGGCGGGGAAGGAACCUGCUGCCGCUGCGGUCGCCCAGUCGCUCCCGGAGCGCGCGGCGUCUCCCCGGGCCCGGCCGGCCCGCUCCAUGCCGCUCCGUUGCGGAAGUGUAGCGGGGGGAGGCGGCGGCGGCGGCUGCACGGAGCGCGGGAGGCCGGGGCCCGGCCCCCUGCAGCACUAGGCUCCGGGAGCCGCGCGGCGCGCCCCAGCGGCCCGGCUGCCCGUGCGCCCGGCGCCCGCCGCAGCCUGCAUGCCCCGCGCUGCGCUUCGUCCGGCCCCCGCCGCCGCCUCCUGCUCGCACCGCUGCUGCCGGGCGCCGGAGUAAUAUGCUCACCCGAGUGAAAUCUGCCGUGGCCAAUUUCAUGGGCGGCAUCAUGGCUGGCAGCUCAGGCUCCGAGCACAGCGGCGGCGGCUGUGGAGGCUCGGACCUGCCCCUGCGCUUCCCCUACGGGCGGCCGGAGUUCCUGGGGCUGUCUCAGGACGAGGUGGAGUGCAGCGCCGACCACAUCGCCCGCCCCAUCCUCAUCCUCAAGGAGACCCGGCGGCUGCCCUGGGCCACUGGCUACGCAGAGGUUAUCAAUGCCGGGAAGAGCACAUACAAUGAAGACCAAGCCAGCUGUGAGGUACUCACUGUGAAGAAGAAAGCAGGGGCCAUUACCUCAACCCCGAACAGGAACUCCACUAAGAGACGGUCCUCCCUUCCCAAUGGGGAAGGGCUGCAACUGAAGGAGAACUCGGAAUCAGAGGGCGUUUCCUGUCACUACUGGUCGCUGUUUGACGGUCAUGCGGGGUCUGGGGCUGCCGUGGUGGCCUCCCGCCUGCUGCAGCACCACGUCACGGAGCAGCUGCAGGACAUCGUGGAGAUCCUGAAGAACUCGGCUGUCCUGCCGCCCACCUGCCUGGGCGAGGAGCCCGAGAACACGCCCGCCAACAGCCGGACUCUGACCCGCGCAGCCUCGCUCCGCGGAGGCGUGGGGGCCCCGGGCUCCCCCAGCACCCCGCCCACGCGCUUCUUUACGGAGAAGAAGAUUCCGCACGAGUGCCUGGUCAUCGGGGCUCUUGAAAGUGCGUUCAAGGAAAUGGACCUACAGAUAGAACGAGAGAGGAGUUCAUAUAAUAUAUCUGGUGGCUGCACAGCCCUCAUUGUGGUUUGCCUCUUGGGGAAGCUGUAUGUGGCGAAUGCUGGCGAUAGCAGGGCCAUAAUCAUCAGAAAUGGAGAAAUCAUCCCCAUGUCUUCAGAGUUUACCCCUGAGACUGAGCGCCAGCGACUCCAGUACCUGGCAUUCAUGCAGCCUCACUUGCUGGGAAACGAAUUCACACAUUUGGAGUUUCCAAGGAGAGUACAGAGAAAGGAACUUGGAAAGAAGAUGCUCUACAGGGACUUUAAUAUGACAGGCUGGGCAUACAAAACCAUUGAGGAUGAUGACCUGAAGUUUCCCCUUAUAUAUGGAGAAGGCAAGAAGGCCCGAGUAAUGGCAACUAUUGGAGUGACCAGGGGACUUGGGGACCAUGACCUGAAGGUGCAUGACUCCAACAUCUACAUAAAACCAUUCCUGUCUUCAGCUCCAGAGGUAAGAGUCUACGAUCUCUCCAAAUAUGAGCAUGGAGCAGAUGAUGUGCUGAUCUUGGCCACCGAUGGACUCUGGGAUGUUUUAUCAAAUGAAGAAGUGGCAGAAGCCAUCUCUCAGUUUCUUCCUAACUGUGAUCCAGAUGACCCUCACAGGUACACACUGGCAGCUCAGGACCUGGUGAUGCGUGCCCGCGGUGUCCUGAAGGACAGAGGAUGGCGGAUAUCUAAUGACCGGCUGGGCUCAGGAGACGACAUUUCUGUAUAUGUCAUUCCUUUAAUACAUGGGAACAAACUUUCAUGAAAACGGCCCAGAGGGCUGGGAGGACAACAGGGGAGAAAACUGGGACAUGUCUUGGCAGGGCAGAACUGGGAAGUGCCCCAGCAGAGUUCCAGGUGAUGCAACCUCUUCCCAGGCCAGGUGGGGGAUUUGCUGCCGAAAGGCUACUGGCUGUACUUCUGGGGGACCCUUAGAUUUCAGUUUCCUCUUUAGUAACAGGUCUGGAUACUCAACAAGAGCAAAACAUAAAGGCUGCUACUGAGUACUGUGUUUCUUUUGGUUCCUUUAAUAGGCCUCCUAGGUGGCCACUACCUAAUUUUGGGCACACACAUCAUAUUUAUUUGGAGUAGCUGGGGCAGCCAUUUUCAGGUGUAACUGGCAGGAGAUUCUUCGGCCUAUCAAGCUGCCAGCUUCUCUACGGGUUAAAAGUGCUGCAUUGGAAAGUUGGGGAUCAUGUCUCAGAAAGUGUAAGCACCCAUCUUCUAGUAAGCCUGAGAUUUAUUUCAGGGAAUGCUAUCUGUGUGUGUGUGUGUGUGUGUGUGUGUGUGUGUGUGUGU